AUGGCGCGAAUGCCAUGCACGCAGCAAGAUGACGGAUGGUCGGAUUCGGACUCGUGGGAAUCGUCAACAACAUGUACUUUCGACUCCUCAUUCCUUGGAACUUCUUCUGGCAAUUCGGAUUGCGCCCAAAAUCCAUCUCCGUCCCCACUUUCUGAAGCUGAGCGCAGCCGAAGAUAUCGGCAACGUCUUAAACAUAAGAAACAGGUUGAAGCCGGCGGAAAUUCUCAUCGAGCUUCCGAAGAGUUCAGAGAGAGGUUCAUCAAACAAGAGUUCGGACACCCAUGCUCCGUAUGCGAUCGACUGUGGUUUCGCAAUGAUUUACUCGCGGCACGGUCAGUGCACUCUGAAAAACUCCAAGAGAUCGGUUGCUCUACGACCGAUUCCCUCCUAUGCCACGCGUGCGCCCAGGCUCUGAAUAAUGGACGGAUUCCAACCUUGGCAGCAUUUAAUGGUUUCCGAUACCCACCUGUACCGUCAAAUUUGCCAGAACUUAAUGCAAUCACGACCCGCCUUGUUAGUCCCCGAAUACCAUCAAUUCAAAUUCGUCGCUUGCGACGGGACUCCGGAAAUUACUCUAUCGUUGGUCAAGUGAUUAAUGUGCCGAUUGACGUGGAAUCGACGGUGAAAAUUUUGCCACGAGAGCUCUCCGACGAUUACGCUUUCAACGUGUCCCUCAAAAGGCAUAUCAUACACAAGAGUACAGCCUAUUCUGGUUUGGUGAAGAAGAGUGACGUCAGAAUAUGGCUCGAGUAUCUUCAGAACACGCCAUUGUAUAAAUUUUACGACAUCAAAGUUGAUUGGAGCCGGCUCGACGAGGGAUCUACCGACGAAGUGGAAGAACUCGAGACCGUCGAUGGAGACAACGACGCCGAAAUGUUGCUCGCUAAUCAGCAUACGUUGUUAUGGAACGAAGGAAAGUAUUUGGUGAUCGCGCCGGGACAGAAAGCCACACCCCUCUGCAUCGUUUACGACGAGCACGCCGAAGAACUAUCCUUUCCCGCCGUGUAUUAUGGAAUGCCGAGACGAUUCAGGGAAGGACUCUCUGUCACACCAUUUCAAAUGGCCACUAGUGAGAUUCGUCGGAGAGACCGGCGCGGUGCCACACCCGAACAUAUUCUCUAUAUGGCUGCGAAAAUCAUGAGGUUCCGAGUGGCGCGAGGUCUUUAUGUGACUUAUCGCAACAGUGAUGAUUUGAAGCAUUUGACGCGUCAAAUGAUCGAGGAUGACCAGUCGCAAGGGCAGGGUCCAAGCAACACGCUUUCAGAACUGAAAGCCUUGAAAGCGGGCUGGGCAUCAGGGAAGUAUCGAUUCAGAGUAAUCUCGAAAAAUCCAGCAUUCGUGUGGGACAAAGAACAUAGCAAAGGAAAAUUGUUCUCCUGUGUCGUGGCCGACGAAUCGACAGACAUGAGACUGGCUGCAUUCAACAAGAAUUGCGAUGAUUUUGAGGAAAGGCUACAGGUGGGUCAAGUGUACGAGCUGGACAACUUCAAUUGCCGUGUGGCCAACCCGAAGUUCAACUAUACGGCAAGCAAAUACGAGAUCGUUCUGGACAAGAAGACGAACCUCCGACUCUGCGUCGGAGCUCUCUUGAACAUCACAGUCAAGGAUCCGGACUCCACAUCAUUGGGUAAACUUCAAAGCGUUGCUCCGAACGCGAUCGUCGAUGUUUGCGGCAUCGUCAUUCAGAUAUCGCAGCCUCAGGCUAUAGUUCGCAAGAGAGAUCAGAAAACAAUCCAGAAGAGAGACAUUCGCAUCAUCGAUGAAUAUCGGAGACCCGUAAUCGUCACUCUCUGGGAGACGGCAAUAGAGUUCCCGGUCAUAGAAAAUCUUCCGAUUUCGAUUAGGCGAGGACGGACGAACUCCUACCGCAACACUGUGAGCUUGAACUGCGAUUCGGGCGCGAAGCUAGAGUUCAACCUGACUACGGACAGAAUCCGAGCUCUGUCCGAAUGGUGGAAAGCGAACGAAGAGGACAGGCGGCAGCUAAGAACCCCUGAUCCUAAAUUGCAGAAAUGUAGAACGAUGAGCUUCGACGAAGUAGUAGACGAGCUGAGAGUCACACUCGAAGCAGCCGACUUGCCUCCAAUUAUCUUCAAGAACCACUUAAGAAUCGCAACCAUCGUUCAGGAGCCGCUGAUGUACAAAGCUUGCGCGAAAGAUAACUGCCGCAGAAAAAUGGAGGACCGGUCUGGGGGAUUCUACCGCUGUCCGAGCUGUCAGAUUCAGACGAGAGAAUUCACGUGGCGGUUCUUGCUGCGAGCCCUUCUUGAAGACGAGCCCACCGAAAUGUGGUGCACAAUUUUCAACGACUGCGCGGAAAAACUGCUGCGAUCGGACGCGAACACUUUCGCGCAACGGAUCGAGAAAGGGGAGAGCUUCGGCGCCCUGAUCGACGGAAUCACUGGGAAGAAAUUCGCGAUGAAAUUGAAGUACUCCGUGAGAGUUUACGAGAAUGAGCCGCGGCCUCAACUCAUUGUCAUGGAGACGAUUCCCGAGGAAGAGACCGAUCAAUGA